AGUCCAGCGGUGAGACAGGAGAGUAACGGACCGACCAGGACCAAGGUCUUAUCUAUUAGACCUUCCGAAGAUUUACAAACAAAUGUGUUAAUACAUUCAACAGUGAACCAUGUCAAAGGGCCCUGGUAAAGGAAGAAAAGGGAAGGGACCGGCUCGGAGACAUCCUUCCCCUGUCCAGUCUGCAUCAGAAGAAGACGAAUCUCUUCAGCCAUCAACGAGCCACAUGAGUACUGAGAGUCAGGAAAUUCUAAACCUCCAUACAGAGAUGGUAAUGGAAAUAAGAGGAAUAUUUUCACAUAAAUCAGAAGAAUGGUGUUCUAUAUGUUUUCAAGUUAAAGAAAAGAAGUAUCUUUCGCCCUUGGAUAUGGGUGAUGUAAGCAAUAUGCUGGACCUGUGUGGAACCUUGAGGAGGAAAGGAGUCAUCAGUUAUGGGGAGUACAGUAAACUACGUGAAGUUCUUGUAACAUGUGAUGUGGAUGCAGGAAAGAUAAUUGAUGAUUACUCGGAGAGAAUACGUCGAGAAAGGGAAGGUAAUUUUUACUGUUUGUUAUAUUCAAUGAUACAAUCGUAAAAUUCCUGAAAGGUAACAAUUAUUGUUAGCUCA